AUGAAGUUCGCCAUCGUUAUCGCCGCCUUCACGGCCUGUAUUAUGGCUCUGCCUACUCUUCCUCGCUCCGGUCAUGCUCAGGUCAACGCCGACGAGUCCUACCUUCCCAUGAAGGCUCGGGCCGAGACGAGCGCCGAUGAAUCCUAUCUCCCUAUGAAACGCGCAGAAACGAGCGCUGACGAAUCAUACGAGCCUAUGAAGAGAGCAGAGACUAGUGCCGACGAGUCCUACUUGCCAAUGAAGGUUCGUGCCGACACCAGCGCCGACGAAUCCUACUUGCCCAUGUAA